CAGAGAGAAGACUCUGGAUCAGGGCUGACUGAAGUCCAGGAGAUGGAGAACAGAGCAGAACCUCCAGGAUCCAGCUGUCCGUCUAUGAGGAGUGACUGCUCCAAAGAUUUCCCUCCAGACUUCAAAGAACCUGGACCCUCAGAAGGUCAGAACCACAGACAGAGAGCAGAACCUCCAGGAUCCAGCUGUCCGUCUAUCAGGAGUGACCGGUCCAAAGAAAGGAAUCCAGACUUCAGUGAAGAACCUGGACCCUCAGACUCAGAAGGGAGGAAGAGGAGCAGCGUUGGUGAGGAGGAGCAGAGGUCCUGCUGUGCUUUGUGUCAGAAGGUCCUGAUGGACCCGGUCUCUACCAGCUGUGGACACUGGUUCUGCAGACAGUGCAUCACGUCAUACUGGGUCCAGUCUGCUCCAUCAGGACCUUCCUCCUGCCCCCAGUGUGGGAAAAGACCCAGAAGAGGAGCUGCACUGCUGGCAGCCAAUCAGAGCAGCUGUGCUCCAGAUGUUGGUCUGCAGGAGGUUCUAGAGGAACAUAAGAUCAGUCUGAGGAGGAGAUGUGAACGUGUGACUGAAGGAAGUGAUGAACCAGGAAGUAGAACCCUCCUCAACAGGAUCUACACUGAUCUCUACAUCACAGAGGGACAGAGUGAAGAGGUUAAUACCCAACAUGAGGUGAAGCAGCUGGAGAGAGCUUCCAGGAUCCAGAACCUCCAUGACUCUCCAAUCAGGUGCCACGACAUCUUUAAAGCCUUACCUGACCAACAUGGAGCCAUCAGAGUGGUUCUGACCAACGGCGUCGCUGGUGUUGGAAAAACCUUCUCAGUGCAGAAGUUCACUCUGGACUGGGCCGAGGGCUUGGAGAACCAAGAUGUCCGUGUGGUGGUUCUGCUGUCGUUCAGGGAGCUGAACCUGAUCAGAGGUGAGCAGCACAGUCUUCUCACGCUGCUCCAUGUUUUCCAUCCAACCCUCCAGAAGCUCCCAGCAGAGCAGCUGGCUGCCCACAAACUUCUCUUCAUCUUUGACGGCCUGGAUGAAAGCAGACUUUCUCUGGACUUCAGCCACAGUCGGCUGGUUUCUGACGUCACACAGAAGUCAUCAGUCGACGUUCUGCUGACAAACCUCAUCAAGGGGAACCUGCUUCCCUCGGCUCUGGUCUGGAUCACCUCCAGACCUGCAGCGGCCAAUCAAAUCCCUCCUUCAUGUGUUGCCAGGGUAACAGAGGUACGAGGCUUCAGCGACGCCCAGAAGGAGGAAUACUUCAGGAGGAGGUUCAGUGAUGAAGAGCUGUCCAGCAGAAUCAUCUCCCACAUCAAGACCUCCAGGAGCCUCCACAUCAUGUGUGGAAUCCCAGUCUUCUGCUGGAUCACUGCUACGGUUCUGGAGAACAUGUUGACCACAGAGCAGAGAGGAGAGCUGCCCAAGACCAUGACUGACAUGUACUCUCACUUCCUGCUGGUCCAGACCAGGAGGAAGAAGAGCAAGUACCAUGGAGGACAUGGGAGGAGUCCACAGGAGCUGAUGGAGGCUGACAGGGAAAUUCUCCUGAAGCUGGGGAGGCUGGCGUUGGAACAUCUGGAUACAGGAAACAUCAUGUUCUACCAAGAAGACCUGGAGCAGUGUGGUCUGGAUGUCACAGAGGCCUCGGUGUACUCAGGAGUUUGUACAGAGAUCUUCAAGAGAGAGAGUGUGAUGUUCCAGAAAGCAGUCUACUGCUUUGUUCAUCUGAGCAUUCAGGAGUUUCUGGCUGCAGUCUACAUGUUCCACUGCUUCACCAGCAGGAACACACAGGUGGUGAAGCACUUCCUGGGACAAGUAUACUGGGAAACAUCUCUGGAGGACUUCCUGAAGAGAAUCAUGGAGAAAUCCCUCAAAAGUAAAAAUGGCCACCUGGAUCUGUUUGCUCGCUUCCUUCAUGGCCUCUCUGUGGAGUCCAACCAGAGACUCUUAGGAGGCCUGCUGGGUCAGACACAGAACAGUCCAGGAACCAUCCAGAGAGUCAUCACCAACCUGAAGGAGAUGAACACUGGUGAUUAUAUCUCUCCUGACAGAAGCAUCAACAUCUUCCACUGUCUGAUGGAGAUGAAGGACCUCUCAGUUUAUCAGGAGAUCCAACAGUUCCUGAAAUCAGAGAACAGAUCAGAGAAGCUCUCUUUGUUCCAGUGCUCAGCUCUGGCCUACAUGCUGCAGAUGUCAGAGGAGGUUCUGGAUGAGUUGGACCUGGAGAAGUACAACACAUCAGACGCAGGACGACGGAGACUGGUUCCAGCUGUGAGGAACUGCAGAAAGGCUCGGUGA